UAUGCACACACACGCAAGGUAAACUCCAGACUUAGCACCGCAGUUGUUGCAGAGGGAAUCUCCGCAUUAGGAAUGACAUUUCUUUUUAUCUCAUUCAUCCUUCUCAUCACCAUUGCCGGUUGCAAUGUAAUUCACACAGAAGAUCAAACCACAUUCUGUCCUCCUGGGUACUUCCCAUGUGGCAAUCUCAGUGUGUGUCUGGCACAACCUCUUCAGUGCAAUGGGAUCAAAGAGUGUGAAAAUGGAGCAGACGAAGACCAUUGUGAAGACUUGGGUGGCUGGCCCCAGAUUAUGGACUGGUACAUAAUGCAACUUAUUAUUCGUGAUGACAAACUGAUCAAUUGCUCACUUGAGGUGUAUCCAGAACGGUGUUUAUGUAAAGGCUGGACAGUUAGUUGUGAAGAUGCAGGCCUUCUCACUGUUCCAACGGUCUCGUCCAAUGUACUUAUACUAGAUCUAAGUUUUAACAACCUCACAACUCUCACAGAUGAAAUGUUCAUCAGAUAUCGAGAACUGGAUAUAUUGAUGUUGCAAUUUAAUUCAAUUAGUUCCAUAUCCAGCAAAGCCUUUUCAGGACUUUCCAAACUGAGAAAACUAUUUCUGAGUCACAAUUGCAUUACUGACCUAGAGCCUGGAGUAUUCCAAGACCUCUAUCAACUUGAGUGGCUGGUCUUGGACAACAACAUGUUACGAAGUGUCGCUGUGAAGUCCUUUGUCGGCCUGAGAUCUCUUGUAUUCCUACAUAUGUCAAAUAAUUCGUUGGAUCAUAUUCCCAAAGUUUGUGCAGUGCUCCCAAGCCUGAAUUGGUUGGAUCUGGAAGGAAAUCACAUUGUCUCGAUUGACAAAGCAACACUUGAAACAUGCCUUAAAAUAACAGUUUUGAUUCUCCGCAACAAUGAAAUCAGACAUGUGAAUGAAGAUCUGUUCACAGAAUCUUCAGGAAUAAAAGAACUUGACCUGUCUUCAAAUCUGAUUAAAGAGUUGCCGCGUUCAGCGUUCAGAGGCCUUAAACAGCUGAAACAGAUGAAUUUAUCAAAUAAUCCUAUAAACCAUUUUCAUGUGGAUCAGUUUGAUGACCUUAUAUCUCUCACAUCACUAGUACUGGAUGGUAUCAACAUUUUGAACAUUGAGACCCGAAUGUUUGUGAACUUGAAGGAGCUCUCAUACAUAUACUUUAAGAAGUUUGAAUAUUGCAAAUAUUCUCCACACGUCCGGAGCUGCAAACCAAACACAGAUGGAAUCUCAUCCUUUGAAAACCUGUUAGCCAGCACCGUUCUACGAAUCUUUGUGUGGUUUGUGGCAUUCAUCAUUUGCCUUGGGAACCUCUUUGUUAUCUGCAUGAGGUCGUUCAUUAAAACAGAAAACAGAGUGCACGCCCUUUCUAUUAAAUCACUCUGCUGUGCUGAUUGUCUGAUGGGAGUCUACCUCUUCCUCGUUGGUGCUUUUGACUUGAAGUACCGUGGGGAAUAUAACAGGCAUGCCCAAAAAUGGAUGGAAAGUACGAAUUGUCAAAUCAUCGGUGCACUGGCCUUGCUUUCCACCGAGAUCUCUGUUAUGCUACUGACGUACAUGACUCUGGAGAAAUACAUAUGCAUAGUCUUCCCGUUCAACAAUUAUAGACCAGGCAAGCGGCAAACUUUAUCCAUGUUGAUACUCAUCUGGAUUACGGGAUUCAUUCUGGCAGUAAUACCCCUGUGGAACACAUCCUUCUUUGGCAAUUACUAUGGAAAGAAUGGAGUAUGCUUCCCUCUUUAUCCUGAUCAAUUUGAGAGUCUUGGAGCAAGAGGGUAUUCUUCUGGGAUAUUUCUGGGCUUGAACUUGCUUGCUUUCAUCAUCAUAGUCUUCUCCUACACCAGCAUGUUUUAUUCUAUCCAUAAAACGGGAGCACAGUCAGCAGAGAGGAGCCUUUUCUCCAGAGAGGUGACGAUUGCAAAACGCUUUUUCUUCAUCGUGUUCACUAAUUUCCUGUGCUGGAUCCCCAUAUUUAUACUGAAGCUACUAUCUCUGCUCGAAGUUGAAAUAGCAGGUAAUGUAACAUCCUGGGUUGUAAUCUUCAUCCUGCCAAUAAACAGUGCGCUGAAUCCAAUCCUCUACACAAUUACAACUGCCUCCUUUCAGGAAAAGCUAAAGCAGUGUUUGCAGAGCCAAGAUUUUCUUGGGCCAACAAAGAGCCUCACAAGCAGCACACAAUCGAGCAACGUAUAGCGACACUCAACUCUGACAGCGACACUCAAUGGAGAGCAACUACCUUACUUCCCUAGAUGAGUGGUUCAUAACAAAGCCAAUAGAGUCAUAGAAGAGUACAGCACAAAAACAGGCCCUUCAGCCCAUUUAGUCCAUGCCAAACCAUUUAAAUUGGCUACUCCCAUCAAUCUGCACCGGGACCAUAGCCCUCCAUACCCUUAUGAUCCAUAUACCUACUGUAUCUAAACUUCUCUUAAACAUUGAAAUCAAGCUUGCAUGCACCACUUGCGCUAGCAGCUCGUUCUAGAGUCUGAUGACCCUCUGAGUGAAGAAGUUUCCCCUCAUGUUCCCCUUAAACUUUUCAGCUUUCACCCUUAACCCAUGACCUCCAGUUGUUGUCCCACCCAACCUCAGUGGAAGAAGCCUGCUUGCAUUUACCCUAUCUAUAGCCCUCAUAAUUUUGUAUGCUUCUAUCAAAUCUCCCCUCUAUCUUCCACGUUCCAAGGAAUAAAGUGCUAACCUAUUUAAUCUUUCCAUACAACUCAGAUCCUCCAGUCCUGACAAUAUCCUUGUAAAUUUUCUCAGUACUUUUUCAAUCUUACUUACUUCUUUCCCGUAGGUAGGUGACCAAGACUGCACACAGUGCUCCAAAUUAGGCCUCACCAAUGUCUUAUAGAACUUUAACAUAACAUCCCAUCUCGUGUACUCAAUACUUUGGCGUCACUUACAAGCCCCGUGAUGCCACUUUCAAUGAAUUAUGUACCUAUAUUCCCAGAUCCCUUUGCUCUACAGCACUCCUCACUGUGUAAGACCUACCUGGUUGGUCCUACUGAAGCACAACACCUCAGACUUGUCUGCAUUAAUUUCCAUCUGCCGUUUUUCAACCCAUUUUUCCAGCUGGUCCAGAUCUCACUGCAAGCUCUGAUAGUCUUCCUCACUGUCCACUACACCCACAAUCAUGGUGUCAUCUGCAAAUUUGCUGAUCCAGUUAACCACACUAUCAUCCAGAUCAAUGAUAUAGCUGACAAGCAACAACAGACCCAGUGGCACUCCACCAAUCACCUGCCUCCAGUCAGAGAGGCAACCAUCUACUACCACUCUCUGGCUUCUCCCACAAAGCCAGUGUCUAAUCCAGUUUACUACCUCAUCUUAAAUGCCAAGCAACUGAAUCUUCUUAAUAAACUUCCCAUGCGGGACCUUGCCAAAUGUCUUGCUAAGGUUCAUGUAGACAACAUCUACUGCCUUAUCUUCAUCAAUUUUCCUGGUAACUUCCUUGAAAAACGGAUUUCAGUUGGACAUGACCUACCACUCAUGAAGCCAUGCUGACUAUCCUUAAUCAAUCCAUGUCUAUCCAAAUACUCAUAUAUCCAGUCCCUUAGAAUACCUUCCAAUAACUUUCCCACUACUGAUAUCAGGCUCACUGACCUAUAGUUUUCUGACUUAUUUUUAGAGCAUUUCUUAAACAAUGAAACACCAUUAGUUAUCCUCCAAUCCUUUGGCACUUGCCUCCCACAGGGUCAAAGGAACACCUUGUCAGGCCCUGGGGAUUUAUCCACUCUAAUAUGUCUCAAGAUAGCAAACACCUCCUCCCUUGUAAUUUGUAUAGGGUCCAUGAAGUCAACACCACCUUGCUUCAUUUCUAUAGAAUCUGUGUCCAUUUCCUGAGUAAACACAGAUGCAAAAAAAUUUAUUUAAGAUCUCCCCCAUCUCCUUUGGUUCCACACAUGGAUUACCAUUCUGAUCUAUCAGAGGACCAAUUUUGUCCCUUGCAAUCCUUUUGUGCUUAACAUAUCUGUAGAAUCCCUUAGGAUUCCCUUCACCUUGUCUGCUCGGGCAACCUCAUGCCUUCUUUUAGUCCUCCUGAUUUCUGUCCAUAAGCACCUCAUUUGUUCCAAUCUGCCUAUGUACUUCCUUUUUUUAAAAAAAUUAACCAGGAUCUCAAUAUCUCUUAAAAACCAAGGUUCCCUAAACCUGUUAUCUUUACCUUUUAUUCUGACAGGCAUAUACAAGAUUUGUACGCUCAAAAUGUCACUUUUGAAGGUCUUCCACUUACCAAGUACACCUUUGUCAGAAAGCAGCCUGUCCCAACCAACACUUGCCAGAUCCUUUCUGAUACCAUCAAAAUUGGCCUUUCCCCAGUUUAAAAUCUCAACCCAUAAACUAGACCUAUCUUUUUGCAUACUUACUAUGAAACUAAUGGUACUGUGAUCACCAGAUGCAAAGUGUUCCUCUACACAAACUCCCAUCACCCGCCCUGUCUCAUUCCCUAAUUGGAGAUCAAAUAUCACAAACUCUCUCAUUGGGACUUCUACGUACUGAUUAGGAAACUUUCCUGAACAGAUUUGAUAAACUCUAUCCCAUCUAGUCCUUCUGCUGUAUGGGAGUCCCAGUCAAUUUGUGAUAAAUCAAAAUCACCUAGUAUAACAACCUUGUGUCUGUGAUCUCUACAAAUUUGUUCCUCUAAAUCCCACGAACUAUUGGGUGGUCUGUAAUAUAGCCCCAUUAACGUGGUCAUACCUUUCUUAUUCCUCCGUUCCACUCAUAAAACCUCAACCAGAGGAGUUCUUCAGUCUAUCCUGACUGAGCACUUUCUCUGACUAAUAACACCACCCCUCCCUCUUUAAUCCCUCCACACUGUCAUGUCUAAAAUAAUUGAACCCCAGAAAUUUGAGCUGCCAGUCCUGCCCCUCCUGCAACCAAGUCUCACCAACAGCUAUAAUAUCACAAUCCUAUGUGUUGCUUCCCAUCUGGCUUUCCCUACGAUACUUCUUGCAUUGAAGAAUAUGCAGCUCAGGACAUUAGUCGCACCAUGAUAAACCUUUUGAUUCCUGACUUUGUCUGAGGCCUUACCAAAAAUCUGCCUCCACCAUCUCUCCACUAACUGUUCUGGUACUCUGAUUCCCAUCCCACUGCAACACUGGUUUAACCACCACCCUCCACAGCACCUCCCCCCCACCCCCAUGCAGCAGUAGCAAACCUCCCUGCUAGGAUAUUAUUCCCCUUCCUGUUCAGGUGCAAACCAUCUCUUCUGUACAGGUCCCACCUUCUCUGGAAGAAAGCAGAAUGAUCCAAAAGUCUAAUGCCCUCACUCUUACACCAACUACUUAGCCAUGUGGUAAAAUGUAUAGUCUUCCCAUUUCUAGCCUCACCAGCAUGUGGCAUGGAUAGCAAUUCUGAGAUCCACAACCCUGGAGGUCCUGCCCUUUAACUUAGUACCUAACUGUCUGAACUCACUUUGCAGAACCACAUCACUUUUCCUACAUAGACCACAACCUCUGGCUGUUCACCCUCCCACUUAAGAAUGCUGAGGACUCCUGGCACCCAGGAGGAACAUACCAUCUGGGAAUCUCGUUCUUGUCCACAGAACCUCCUUCCUGUUCCCCUAACUGACUUUCCUCUGUUAGAGUCACCCCCCGACAGUAUCCAAAGCGAUAUACCUGUUGUUGAUGGCCAAAGGGGUACUCUGCACAGGCUGUUGAACCCCUUUGCCCUUCCUGACUGUCACCCAGUUUCCUGUGUCUUGCACCUUGGGUGUAACUACCUGUCUAUAUAUCAGCCUCUCAAAUGAUCCGGAGUCCGUCCAGUUCCAGCUCCAACUCCUUAACGUGGUUUGUUGGAAGCUGAAACUGGACGCGCUUCUUGCACGUGUAGUUAUCAGGGACACUGGAGGCCCCCCUGACUUCCCACGUCCCACAAGAGGAGCAUUCAACAAUAACAUUGUAAUGUCAUUAUAACAUUGAAUGAGCAUUACUGUCACACCUCUCAGCAGGAGCAUCACUGUGUUAUAGAGUCACAUCUGACAACAUUACUCGUGAAAGCUUUAGCCCACAUUCCAUCGUAAAAUGUGGGAUAUAUACUCAGUGUCCAGUUUUUGAAAUACACCUGUACACCUGCUCAUUAACAUACAUACCUAAUCAGCCCAUCAUGUGGCAGUAACUUAAUGAAUAAAAGCAUAGUCUAGAGACUCACUUGUUGUUCAGGCCAGACAUCAAAAUGGGGAAGAAACGUGAUGCAAGUGACUUUGACUAUGGAAUGAUUGUUGGUGCCAGACAGGAUGGUUUGAGUGUCUCAGAAACUGCUGAUACUCAAGCACAACAGUCUCCGGUGCUAACAAAGAAUGGUGGGAAAAACUAAAAACAUCCAAUAAGCGGCAAUUAUGUGGGUGAAAAUGCUUCGUUAAUGAGAGAAGUCAUAGGACAAUGGCCAGACUGUUUCAAACUGACAGGAAGGCGACAGUAACCCAAAUAACCACACCGUUACAACAGUGGUGUGCAGAAGAGCAUCUUCUGAAUGCACAACAUGUUGAACCUUGAAGUGGAUGGGCUACAGCAGCAGAAGACCACAAAUGGGUUGCAUUCCUGUACUUAGUAAAGUGACCAAUGACAAACAACCACUGUGUUACACAGAUAUUUUCUGAUAACUCUUUUCCCAAUAAUUGCACUUCCUGUAAGUUAGUGGACAUCUGUUGAAGGAGAUCUACUAGCAUAUUGCCUAACAAGUUAUGAUGUAAAUAGCACCAUUUGAGAGUGCAUUGAGUGAGUGACAUUUGUUAUUUAGUCUGUUGGUGCAUCCACAAAGGAGGAGAGCUACCCUCUAUUAAUUAGUUGGCAGCCCUUCUCCACCUCCAACGGCAUUGCUCAGUGUCCCUCAACAAUCAUACACAACUGUGCCACUGUUUUUCACACCAAAUCAAUCGCUGUUGACACAGAGACUGCUAAGAAAUCUCUGCUUUUGAAAGUGAAACCAGCUGUAAAAUAAUCUUGAAUGUUAACAAUCGAGUGAAAACAUUUUUUGAUGUGAUAAUUUCCAAACGUAGCAAUUUCACGCUCAAUGUAAUAAGUAAUAUGUCACACACACAUUUGCGUUGUCUACCCAUUGCCGUCGUGGAUGUUCCUUGUAUAUCUGCUUAAUAUUUUGGAAGAAGUGAAUGACUUUUUUUUACAGAUGUGGGUUUGCAUGCAAUUGUUAAAAUGUGCAUUUCUCUGAUGAUAUACAAAAUACCACUUCAAAAAUAGCAGUUUGUCCUGCGAAUUCCUAUGCUAAGUUAGCAUUUCAGCUCAGCCAUGUGCGGAAGAGAUAUUGAUGAAAUGGUGCUGAGAUGCAGGUGACUUGUAGAGCAUCCUGCGAUAGAGGACAUUCCUUUGUAAAUGGUGAAUAUGACAGGUUCUCACAUUGAGAAACUUACAAACACAAGUGAAUUUCCCCCUUACAAAUGUGUGGUGUAAUAUUGAGUCACACUUAAAUUAUAUGCUACUAGAUAAAAGUAGACUUAAUGUGUGUUGUGUAGGUAGAACCUUUGACACAUAUACUAAUUUGGAGUGAAUUGUUCCUUUUAAUUUAUGAUCCUACUUUUGCACUUGUACCAGAUAAUUUAGUUAAUCAAUCAUUUAUAAUUGGUCUCUGUGAUAUCAUAUUAAUAGGUAUAAGACGUACAUGCACUAUACUCGAUGGGCUGAUUGGCCUAAUUCCGCUCCUAUGUCUUAUGGUUUUUAAAAAUCACUGUAAAAUGUGACAGUGACUAAGUUGUAUUCGAUGAUUUGUGAGUUAUAUUCCAAGAAAUGGUGGGGUUGUAUGUACUGCUGUGCUUACUCAUUGUAUUUGUGCUGCCAAGUGCUGGAUUUAUGUGGUGCCAACAGCAAGAUGUUCUUUUCAUCCAGUACAUACAGUAUAUGAACAGUGACUUGAUAUAUGUAUGAUGUAGCACGAGACAAGAGGAUACAAUUUGAACUGGAACUGGGCUGACACUGAAAGAAACACAAUCAGUUUUCAUCACACCUAAUUGAAGUUUGAACAAUUAGGAAUAAAAUUCAUCACUGUGAUUGGAAUAGACUCUGUGGAUUACAAGAGCUAAUUACACAGAUAAAACAAAGUUGUGCUUCAUUUUGUUCAACGAUGUAUUGAUAGACAGAUUCUAAAAGGUCAGCACAACAUUGCUUAUUAUAGUCAGCAGUUAGUUCCACUUACUUAAUGUUGUGAUGCUUUUCCAUUUGCAACUGACCAUGAACGUGGUUAUGUGACUGAUCUUCCAGUCCAGUGAUCACAAUAGGAAAGCCACCUAUGUUGUUGGGAGGACUGGAAUGCAAAUGGCAAAGUUCAUUUAAUUCAUGAGCAAUGGAAUCUAGUUCAAACUGAUUGUGGUACCAUGACUACUCUUGCUGAUAGCAAGACUCCAAAUCAAACCCGGCAGGCUCCUGAUCUGCACAUGUUAACAUCUUAUCAGACAAUGCAUUUAUCAACUGAGUUACAGGAUGAUAUUUAACCUGGUUACCAAAUGCUGAAAAGAAAGAUUGUUUUAGACGCUAUUUUUCAGAGCCAACUCUACAUUUCACUACACAAUACAGUAUUAUCUAAAUGUAGAGAGUGUCUACAUUGUUCUGCAUUUGCUUACCUGGUUCUCUUAUGACUUAAUACAGCUAAUAAAUAUCCCUUCAAAGUCAAAUUUAUUAUUGAAGUACAUAUACACUCAGUGGCUGCUUUAUUAGAUACAGGAAUGGUUGCUAAUGAAGUGUACACCGUGGACACAAGAGGUAUUGCAGAAGCUGGAAAUCUAGAGCAAUACACACAAUGUGCUGGAGGAGCUCAGCAGGCCAGGCAGCAUCUAUGGAGGGGAAUAAACAGUCGAUGUUUUGGGCUGAGACCCUUAAUCAGGGCCUGUUCAUUAAUGCAAAUAUCUAAUCGGCCAAUCAUAUGGCAGCAAUUCAACGCAUAAAAGCAUACAGACAUGAUCACAACCACGGAUUCGGCAGUGCAGUAGAUACGGCAAUUGCGCUCGUGAAUUUGCACGUGACAGGUAAUUAUUAUCUAAUCGUGAUAGUAUUUAACUCCAUUCUUGUCGUCGUAGUGCUUGUCAAGACUUGGACAGAGCAUAGCGACGCUUGGCUGCUGUUGUGUAUUCAGCCUUCCCGAUAUUGGACUUUCAAAUCAGCUGGCUGUGAAGACUAGUGGUAUUCGUUUAAUGCUUUGAUGUUCUUUUCAGCCGCAGUGUAGGCUUGUUUUCCUUUGAGAGUUUUAGUUAAUGGCCCUGUUCGGCCUAGCGUUUAUUGUUUUAUUUUCCCUUUAACACUGUUCGCAUUAAAGUCUGUGAACUAUCGACCUGCUUCAGUGUCUCUCACUCUGCACUUGGGCCAUGUCCAAACCGGGUAACAGACAUGGUCAAGAGGUUCAGUUGUUGUUCAGACCAAAUAUCAGAAUGGGGGAGAAAUGUGUUCUUUUAACCGUGGAAUGAUUGUUGGUGCCAGUGGUUUGAGUAUCUCAGAAACUGCUGGUCUCCUGGGAUUUUCAUCCGCGGAAGUCUCCAGAGUUUACAGAGAAUGGAAACAAAUAAAAACAUCCAAUGAGCCGCAGUUACGGGGGUGAAAAAGCCUUGUUAAUGAGAAUGGUCAGAGGGGGAUAACCAGACUGGUUCAAGCUGACAGGAAGGUGACGAUAACUCAAACAACAGUGGUGUGCAGAAGAGCAUCUCCGAAUGCACAAAACAUUGAACUUUGAAGUGGACAAGCUACAGCAGCAAAGACCACACCAAGUUCCACUCCUGUACCUAAUAAAGUGGCCACUGAGUGUAUGUUACCAUGUAAUACCUUGACAUUCAUUUUCUUGCAGGCAUUUACAGGAAAAUAAAGAAAAACAAUAGAAUUUACUUUAAGACUAUACAAAAACAAAGACUGGCAAGCAAGAUGUUUUCAAAAGAAGACAAAUAAUGCAAAUAAAAAAUAAUACUGACAAGAUGAGUUGUAAAGAGUUGUAACAGGUUUUGAAGAGAAUGACACCAGUGCACCCAAACUAUGUUUUCAUUUAUUCACUCAAGGGAUGUGGGCUUUGCAGACUCAGCCAGCAUUUAUUUGCCAGUCUAUAAUUACCCAUAAGAGAGUGGUGCUGAGCUGUGUUCUUGAACCACAUGAACAAACUGGGUUUUUAACAACGAUGCAAUAACUUCAUGGCCACAGUUAGUGAGAUUACCUUUUUAAUCUAUAUUUAUUUAUUUACUUGAUUUACUCAGAAGAGCACUUCUCUAGCUCUUGCAACAUGGUCACGAAUUUCCCCUGAAUUCUCUUCCUUAUCAAAUCAUGAUACAAUGCUCUGCUGCGGUUGGGAUAGAAUUCUUUACCAGUAUGACUUUUAUGUUCUUAAAUUUUGUGCUUGGCCAGUAAAGUAAGAUGACCUGUCUGCUUUCAUAGAAUUGUAUCUGCCUAGCAACCUUCAGGAAGUGGCAAAAAUACACUCCAAGCUCCGUCUGUUACUUUGCAUGUCUCAGUCCUCUUCCACUUAUUGUGUGCCUUGUGUUAUGCUUGUUCUUCCCAAUGCAUUACUUUACACUUCUCCAGACUGAAUUCUUUUUGAUAUUGCCUCCUAUCUGACUAUCUCAUUGCUAUUGUCUUCUUCACUAGAUAUCUUGCUUCUCACUUCAAGACAGCAGCUUUAACCAAGACCAUAAGACAUGGGAGCAGAUUUGGGCUAUUGGCCCAUUGAGUCUGCUCCACCAUUCCAUCAUGACUGAUUUAUUAUCCCUCUCAAUCCCAUUCUCUGGCCUGCACCCUGCAACAUUUGACACCCUGACUAAUCAAGAACCUAUCAUCCUUCACUUUAAAUAUAGUCAGUGACUCGGUCUACACAGCUGUCUGUGGCAAUGAAUUCCACAAAUUCCCUACCCUCGGGCUUAAGAAAUUCCUCACCUCUGUUCUAAAUGGAUGUUCCUCCAUUCUGUGGCUGUGCCAUCUGGUCUUAGAAUCACCCACUGUAGGAAACAUCCUCCCCAAUCCACUCUAUCCAGACCUUUCAAUAUUCCAUAGGUUUAAAUGAGAUCCUCCCUCAUUCUUCUAAACUCCAGAUGUACAAGACCAGAGUUCAUGUUAACCCUUUCAUUUCCAGAAUCAUUCUCAUGAACCUCCUCUGAAACCUCUUCAAUGCCAGCACAUCUUCUCGUAUAUAAGAGGCCCAAAGCUGCUCACAAUACCCCAUGCAGACUGAUCAAUGCCUUCUAAAACCUUAGCAUUACAUCCUUGCUCUUAUACUCUAGUCCUCUCGAAUGAAUGCUAACCUGCAUUUACCUUCCUUACCACCAAUUCAACCUGCAAGUUAGCCUUUAGGGAAUUCUGCAUAAGGACUCCCAAGUCCCAUUGCACUUCUGGUAUUUGAAAUUUCUCCCCAUUUAAAAAACAGUCUAUGCCUUUACUCCUACCAAAGUUCAUGACCAUACACUUCCAUACACUAUACUCCAUCCGUCAUUUAUUUGCCCAUUAUCCCUAUCUGUCCUCCUGCAGGCUCCCUGCUUCCUCAAAGCUACCUGUCCCUUCACCUACCUUUGUAUCAUUUGCAAACUUGGCCAGAAAGCCAUCAGUUCUACCACCCAAAUCAUUAAAGGACAAGCACUCUCAUGUUUAAUCAGUGACUUUAAACAAAGUUAUGAAGAAGAAUUAAGAAACAAGUGAGCAUUGUAAAAUUGUUCCAGUGAACUGACAUCAUCCAUAAAAUGCAAGCACAUUCACAGAAUUCUUCUUUUCCUUUUGUCAAUGACAUUCUACUUACUUUUACAGCAUAUCUUUUUUAUGCAAACCAUUUUUGGCCAAAAUUACUAAACAUUUAUUUUUCUGUCAAGUAAUGGCAAAUGCAGUAUACAUAUGUUUUGUAAUUCUUCACUAUAGAAUUUCUUGGCUUUAUUGUUUGUGUGCAAAUACUAAUCCAGUUUUUUUUCAU